CCUCUGAAAGCCAAAGAUCACAGCUGAGAUAAGGGAGAUUUUUCCUCUUUAAAGUGCUUCCAUUAGUGAUGCUGCUGAUGCACACAUCAAAUCAUCUCUAAGAUCUGAAUGUUGAGGACAAACACAAAUAUCUGUUUAUUAUGAGGCUAAAAGCUUGAUGUAGACAUAACAGUGUAUAACAUGUCAGCAGCAUUUAACAGCCCUGCACACCAGCACUGUGCUUAUAUUAGACUUUAAUCAACACAUAGUUAUGAUUUCAUCAUCUCUGUGUGUCCUCCAGUGUCUCUGUCUGUCAGUCCAAACCUUCAGCAGGUCUUCAGCAGGUCUUCAGCAGGUCUUCAGAGGAUCUUUAGUGGAUCUGAGUUGUGUUGAUGAUGGACAGACAGCUGAAGGAUGGACAGUGAAGAGGAGCAGAGGAGGACCCACUGAGGACUGUGCAGGCUUUGGGAGGCUGCUCCCAGUGAAACCUUCUGGUGUGAGGACUCCUCUGGACAGCAGAGUGACAACGUCUCCCUCAGUGUCCAAUCAGACACUAAAGGUAAAGAUGUCAUCCUGGAGAUCCCUGCACUUCCUGUGAGGACAGGAAGUGAUGUCAUUCUGCGCUGCAGACAGAGGAAUGGUGACACGGUCAGAGCUUAUUUCUACAUUAAAGGAAGUUCUGUUGGUCCUAAACCAGAGCACAUCAUAUCCACAGGCUGCUGAUGAAGGUCUCUACUGUUCUACUGAUCAGGGUGGAAAGUCUCCUCAGAGCUCUCUGAGGGUCAGAGAUCCUCCCAAAAUCAUCCACCCUCCUCCUCCAAGCACCUCCACAAACUUUGCUCCUCCUCUUACGUGUCCUCCCUCCCCUCCUCUCCCAGCAUCCACCUGUCCUCCUCCUCCCUCUCUCGUGGUCCCAGUCGUAGCAGGUCUGGGUUCUGGGCUUCUCCUGGUUCUGGGUUUGGUUUUGUUCCUCUGCUGGAAACUCAAAGGAACAGGAGCCAUGAAGAGGAGCGUCUGACUGCUGAAGAAACAGUCUGAGGAGGAGGAGCUGGUGAUGAAGAGCAGCCUGUGUAUAUACAGUAUCUGUUGUGUAUUCAGCCCUGAGGAAGAUGAAGAUGCAGCUUUGCUUUGGCCUUCCUCUGCUAACAGCUAACAGCUAACUAACCUCAGCCAGAUGUUCUGCAGCUGUUUGUCUAACAUUAGAAGUUUAUAAUGACCCCGAGCGUGUUUCUGCUGUUCUGAUGGAUCUCCACGGAGCGUCCUGUCACAUGUGAGCUUCAUGUGGGUCAAAGGUCAAAGCUGCUGACUGUCAGGAAGCAUCAAACAUCAUGAAACACCCCCUCUGACCUCAGAGCUCCCUGAGGCCACACCCACACUUCCUGUCAGUGCUGUGAUUGACAGCUGCCUCCAUCAGUGUCAUAUGUAUCCAUAUAAUCCCCCUGACGUCACUGAUGUUGGUGCUGUAUGAACCACAU